CGACGUCAAACGCUACCGUAGCCUAUACACUGAGGGAAAAGAGGGGUAGCGCGGGAGGGAAACGUUAGAUAUUAAUACGUAUAUUUUAAUAUAUGUGUUAGCCCUUAAAUGUUUAUAUAAAUGGACUGCUGGAUUUAUCAAUAGCUGGCUGCUGCAGAAAUAGUUUUUAAGAAUAUAGCCUUGUAGCCUAAUUAUUGCAGAAAUUUGACUACUCUAACAUACAGGGCAGUACUCAGAGAGUGACUGACUGGCUUUACUGGAUUUGCCAAGAGUCGUGACGAGAGGAUAGAGCAAAUAACGGAUCACCAAGGCACCGGGUUGGGGAUAUGUGAUCUGAUGAUCGCUUGCCAAGACGUGAGACCUUAACGGGAGCAGCAACUCCACUGAUCUGUUACGGAUUCGAAACCGGGAGAGGGAGCGAUUGGCACAAAGAGCGGAGAACGAAUCGCAUUGAGCCUACUAUACCCGGAGGGAGGAUAACAGGAGACGUGCGCUGAAGACAACAACGCCACGGUAAAACGUGGUUAAAAUAAACAAAAUCAUCUCAAAUUACUCUCGGGAUUAUUUUACAACGUGGAGUGAAGGAUCUCUUGAAAUCGGGGCUCCGAACACUCUCACGUCCUAAAGCUCUGGGCGCUCCUCUCCAGAGGACCACGACUCUGAUCGCACUCACCCCGCUCUUCUCUCCUCCAACACCCUCCAGCUCUGGUCGCUCCUCUCCAGAGGACCACGACUCUGAUCGCACUCACCCCGCUCUUCUCUCCUCCAACACCCUCCAGCUCUGGUCGCUCCUCUCCAGAGGACCACGACUCUGAUCGCACUCACCCCGCUCUUCUCUCCUCCAACACCCUCCAGCUCUGGGCGCUCCUCUCCAGAGGACCACGACUCUGAUCGCACUCACCCCGCUCUUCUCUCCUCCAACACCCUCCAGCUCUGGGCGCUCCUCUCCAGAGGACCACGACUCUGAUCGCACUCACCCCGCUCUUCUCUCCUCCAACACCCUCCAGCUCUGGGCGCUCCUCUCCAGAGGACCACGACUCUGAUCGCACUCACCCCGCUCUUCUCUCCUCCAACACCCUCCAGCUCUGGUCGCUCCUCUCCAGAGGACCACGACUCUGAUCGCACUCACCCCGCUCUUCUCUCCUCCAACACCCUCCAGCUCUGGGCGCUCCUCUCCAGAGGACCACGACUCUGAUCGCACUCACCCCGCUCUUCUCUCCUCCAACACCCUCCAGCUCUGGGCGCUCCUCUCCAGAGGACCACGACUCUGAUCGCACUCACCCCGCUCUUCUCUCCUCCAACACCCUCCAGCUCUGGGCGCUCCUCUCCAGAGGACCACGACUCUGAUCGCACUCACCCCGCUCUUCUCUCCUCCAACACCCUCCAGCUCUGGUCGCUCCUCUCCAGAGGACCACGACUCUGAUCGCACUCACCCCGCUCUUCUCACCUCGAACCCCGCAGAGCGCCUGUCGUUCUCCCCGCUGUGUUCCGAUGAAGGAAGCCGACGCGAUCAAGCUGUUCGUGGGGCAGAUUCCUCGGAAUCUAGAGGAGAAGGACCUCAAACCGAUCUUUGAACAGUUCGGGAAGAUCUACGAGCUGACGGUGAUAAAGGACAAAUACACCGGCAUGCACAAAGGAUGUGCAUUCCUGACAUACUGUGCGAGGGAGUCAGCGCUGAAGGCCCAGAGUGCUUUGCAUGAGCAGAAGACGCUACCGGGGAUGAACCGACCCAUCCAGGUAAAACCAGCCGACAGCGAGGGGAGAGGAGAAGACAGGAAGUUGUUUGUAGGCAUGCUGGGUAAACAGCAGAGUGAUGAAGACGUCAAGAGGCUGUUUGAGCCCUUUGGCACUAUAGACGAGUGUACUGUACUACGGGGGCCAGACGGCACCAGUAAAGGUUGUGCGUUUGUGAAGUACCAGGGACAUGCUGAAGCUCAGGCUGCCAUUAGCACCCUGCAUGGGAGCCGCACACUGCCUGGUGCGUCGUCCAGUCUGGUGGUGAAGUUUGCCGACACAGAGAAGGAGAGAGGGCUGAGACGGAUGCAGCAGGUGGCAUCACAGCUGGGCAUCUUCAGCCCCACCAUGACACUUAACUUCCCUGCUUACAAUGCUUACACACAGGCCGUCAGCGCACAGGCGAUUGUCCAGCAACAAGCUCUGGUUGCUCAGUCAGCGUACCUGUCUCCUGUAGCAACUGUUGCCAGUUUACAGAUGCAGCAGAUGGCAGCGCUCAACGCAAACGGAAUCAUUGCCACGCCCAUCACAUCUUCCUCUGAGUCUAGUAGCUGUCAAUCACAAUAUCUCCUCCACUGUGAUUGGUCCUCCCGGUUUGCAGGUACGAAUACCCCUCCAACCAUCUCAGCCACGCCCGUGCCAUCACUACCUCCACCUCUAGGAGUCAAUGGUUACAGUCCACCAACCAAUGGACAGCAAGCAUCAGAAGCACUAUACACCAAUGGCAUUCAUGCGUACCAAGCCCAGAGUCCAGCAUUAUCUCUAGAUCCUCUCCAGCAGGCGUAUGCAGGCAUGCAGCACUACACAGCGGCGUACCCUGCUGCCUAUGGAUUGGUCGGCCAGCAUUUUCCACAGCAACCUACCCUGGUUGCCCAGCAACACCAGCAGCCCCAGCAACAGCAGCAGCGAGAAGGGCCGGAGGGUUGUAAUAUCUUUAUCUACCACCUGCCUCAGGAGUUCAGUGACAGUGAGAUGCUCCAGAUGUUUCUGCCCUUUGGAAACGUCAUCUCAGCUAAAGUCUUUGUAGACCGCGCCACCAACCAGAGCAAGUGCUUCGGUUUUGUGAGUUUUGACAACCCAUCCAGUGCCCAGACUGCCAUCCAGGCUAUGAAUGGGUUCCAGAUCGGCAUGAAGAGACUCAAGGUGCAGCUGAAACGACCUAAAGACGCCAACCGCCCCUACUGAAGGAGAGAGGUGAAGUUUUCAGACUCCGGCCGUGGUGGAAUCCCAGCGUGCAUUGCACCCUCAGACCUACUACCUUUCUUUUGAGCGACGGGGAACAGCACACAUACACCACACACACACACACACACACACACACACACACACACACACACACACACACACACACACACACACACACACACACACACACACACACACACACACACACACACAUUGCACUCUAAAAGGACCAAGGCACAGAUAUUGACCAAUGUACAUAUUAUAGUCCUCACACACACAAACACUGACAUACUUUGAAAUACAUAUAUGUCAGUAAUCGUACCCAUUGAACUGGACUCAGUUGAAAAUGGUUUGUGAGGAGUUUGUCUGGAGUGUGUAGGGCAGUGAAGAUCACACACAUACACGACCCAGGAAGUACUUACUAAAGUCAAUGAUGAGAUGAUGAAUAAUGGUGAUAUAUCACUUCUUUGGACCAUAACAUGUCAUAUUACAUGGCUAUUACACGUGUAUAACAUGAUACAAAUAGGAAGGCCUCCAUUUCGUAAUAAAAAAAGGAAAACAGGAAAAAAUAUUGAGACAAAAAUGAGUAAUUUAGAGAAACUUUGGAGAGAGAUCCUUAUGGCCUGUAAAUAAUUUAGUUUAAGAAGAGUAACAUUUAGAAAAUUACAAAAAAAUGCAAAAAGAGAGUACUUUAGAUAAAUCACUGAAAAAUGACACAAUAUUAUUAUUAUUAUUGUUAUUAUUAUUAUUAUCUUCGUUAGGGGAUAUUGUAUUAGAAAUAAAGAAAGGGGAGAAUCAAACAUAUUUUCAAUUUCUACUUAGAUUUUAGGAUAAAUGUGGGUGGGAGGGACUGCACCUUUUCUGAGAGGUUUUAAUAUUUGAACAAUUUUUUAUUUAUUGACUAAUUUAUCAAUUAUUUUUGUUAAUAGGGAGAAAUGAUGAAGGGUUUAAAGGGGUUACCAGUUUCUGAUUUUAGAAUUUUUUAGAGCAAAAAAGGGUCUGUUUCUGUAAGACUCUGUCAGAGUAAUUAUAAUUAUGAAUGAAUUAUUACAACAAUGAUAUUUAUUUCUUAUUUAUUGAGUCUGUUUUUGAUCCAAUCUCUUUUUAAGUUAAAAUAAAAAGUAUUAUACAUCAAAU